GCCCACUCCACAAUUUCCUCUCAGCUGUUACUGUAAGUCUUUCUGCUUACUCGUGAGUGUUAUCCAUUCACAAAUAUUCUGUCUUUAUUAGAGUAACGCGGUCCAACUGAACGUGCGCACGUGUGUAGCCUGUCAGCUCCAGACAACUUGUUGCGCAGCUGCUAUUUUCAGCCAGCCUCUGUGGUCCAUUACCGCCAGCCACGGGGCCAACUACACUUCAUCUUCCACUCUAAGAAUUUGUAGGAACUGGGAUGUGAGGAAAUCCCGUCUUUUAAACUACAGUUGUGCCGUGGCACUAAAUGGGGUGGACACGCAAAGGCACGUUCGUCCGCAGCGCAGUGGACAGGAUUUGGCUCUCAGGGAAGCGUGUAGUACGCAGUCGAGUUUCUUUAAUAUGAUUAGAGACACGAGGGGGCAAAGUCAUGAGCUGGAUGCGCCCUGGGCACGGCCUGGACUGGAGCCAUGGUCUCUUCUACCUGAGUUUACUGCUGUGGGUCAGACGCAUCAACGGACUGGCGGACUUCUCCAACUACCUGUCCCGGAUCAUCACCAGUCACUCAGCUCAUGCCUGUGAUGGUCAGCCCCUGCGUCUCCACUGCCCCCGACACUCCACCAUCUCCAUCCAGUCGGCCUUCUACGGCAGCGGAGUGGCACGGCUGUGCCAAAAACCAGAGUCCUCACACCUACACCGAAACUACAGCUGCUCUGCUUUUACUGCUCUACAGAAACUUCUGAGUGAGUGUCAAAGCCAAAGGGAUUGCAAACUUUCUGUGAACCACCUGCUGUUUGGGAAAGACCCAUGUCCAGGAACCCCCAAAUACCUCCAUGUGGACUACAAGUGCAAACCAACUGAGCAUAAACAACAUGUGGCGUGUGAUGGAGAGAGCCUGGUCCUGCGCUGUAAGCCCCCAAAGGUGCUCAACAUCUACGCAGCUAUUUAUGGGAGAGAUCUGGGUCAGAGCCACACCUGCUCCUUAAACAAGACCUUACCACCCCCUUUUGAGUGUCUGAAUCAUGAAGCUGUACAUUUUGUUUCAAAGUCAUGUUACAACAAACAGAGGUGCGCUGUUGCCGUCAGCAACCAGACCUUUAGAGACCCCUGCUUCCCAGGAACCAGGAAGUACCUGAGCGUGCUCUAUUCUUGUGUACCCCAGUCAUUACUGAGAGAGGCAGACCCCAGCAUAGUUAAACCCACCUCUCCUCCCCCUGUGGAUAGAGACGAAGACGAGGCUGAGGUUUUCCCAAAGGGCUCCAGAAGGCCAGAGGCUUCAGGGGCAGUGAUGAGCGACUCACUGUCAACCUACGCCUAUAUCAAAGAGCACUCAGAGAUGGCAGCGCUGCUCUUCACCUCCAGUGUUUGUGUGGGCCUGCUCCUCACACUGCUGGCCCUGUCAAUACGAGUGACCUGUUGGUGUCACCGGCCUACACGCCACAAACCAAACCGGCAAAGACCAGUCCAGAAACAGGAGGAAGAGGACUGUAGUGAUGAUGAAGAUGAUACAGAGAGCUCUUUAGUCUCGGAGGGGGAGAGGAAGACAGUGAUUUGGUGGGAGGAGGUGACGUUUGUGAGUGAAGCAGCGGAGCGAGCGGAGAGGAUCGAACGCAGAGACAUGGUCAUUCAGGAGAUCUGGAUGAACGCUUAUCUGAACGGCAGCUCAUGUGAAGCCCUCUGAACCAAAACACCACU